GGCUGACAAGAGUACAGUGAGGCGGCGGGUGCCGAGGGGGGUCUCGGGCUGGUGUGCGUUCGCGGUAACGAAACAAAUAGGCCGGCGACUUUCACCGCGUAGCCGUUCUCGGCUACGACACAACCGUCAAGCGCGCUCGCUCUUGGCCAGCGAUGGGACCAAUCCAAUGGCAUACUCAUUAGGGUAACCGCGGCUCGGCCCGACCGACUAGCGGCUUCUUAUCGGAACGGUACAGGAAUUACUGCCAGUGGAACCGAUACUUUUAACACGUUCGUCGCCGCGUCGCACGAGAAAUGGGUGACAGGACUUUCUAUUAAGGAACUAAAAAAAUCAAUUUCAAAGGUCGGACAAUAACGAAAAUAAGGCUGGACAGGUUUCGCGAAUUCGGCGACGUUAAGAAAUGAAAGGGUACGAGAGAUGUUAAAUGAUCUAAUCUACAACAGUCUCGAGACAAAAUUUUAAGUGUAUAGAAAUUUUCACGAGUUUUAGGUUGGCUGCCAACGUGUUAAGCGAUUUGCAAGCACCCAAUACUGAUAACCGUAACGUAAAUUAAUAACAAUUAUAUUAAGUUGUCCCAAAAGUUUCUUCCAUUUCAUUAACAAGUAAUAUUUGUGCGCGAUAUUUUGUGUGUGAUGUUGCAUUAUUAAAUUGCGUACGAUUCAUUUUGCUCCAUUACUGUUAUACUAUAUUAACGUCUAAGAAAUUAGGUUGUGUAUUUAUGUAAACACUGUCAGACAAAAUAAUCGAGCGCGAGUCACGGAAGAAACUUUUGGGACAACCUAAUACUCAUCUUUAACACGUUGAUCGUCGUGUCACCCACAUGUGGGUGACAGUGCUUUCCACUGAAGAACCAACGAAAUUAAUUCCGAAUGUCAAGCAUUAAAAGGAAAUGAAUUUAAACCAAAUUCAUGAAUUUUGAUGAAAUUACAAGAAUAAGUACGUCGAUAAAUGUUUGAUUAUGCAGUCUCCGAUAGUUUAAACAAUAUUUCGUUUUAGUAGAAACUUUAAAGAAUAUUUGUCUGGCAGUCAACGUGUUAAUCAUACCCUCUGUUUCUCCUGGCACAGAUUUACCUGUGACUUUCCUUUUCUCAAGUUCAUCGUUGUUGCUGUACGAAUCCAUUUUCGUUUCAUUUUCUUCUCUAUCGAUUCGAUAGACAGACCACCGUUGAACUUGCCGACUUGCUUAGUUUUUCGAUACGUUACACGAAAAAAUCGGCCCAACGGACGACAGCAGCAAUUUUACACUAAAAUUUUAUUUUAAUUCGCACUAAAUUUGUCCUCCUUCUUUUAAUCGCUUGCGCAGUGGACCCGUGCUGGCCCCAUAACCUUUUAGAAUAUAAUUUAAGGGCUGGAGUUCGAUAAACCACGCUUCUGUUAAUUAAUUAACAGAUCUUUAUUAUAUUGGGUUGUCCGGAAAGUUCAUGCCUAUUUUUAAGAAAAAUUCAAAGGCAUAUUUAAAUUUUGAUGCAUAUUUAUAUAUGAAUUAUAUAUGUACCAUUUUGUUCCACAACCUUUCCACCUCUUAAGGAAUGUACGCAUUUUAUUUGUUUUCAGCCAUUCCGAUAUACAGGGUGUCCCAAAACUCGGGGAGGAGCCGGAAAUGGGGGGUAGCUGAGACGAUUCUGAACAACAAUUUCCUUUGCAAAAAUGUCGGAUGGGGCUUCGUUAAGGAGAUAUUGAGCGAAAACCCCGACCAAUCAGAGCGCGCGUAGACCGUUGGAGCGGCCGCGGUAGCGUAGGCUGCGCGCUGGCGGCCGCGCUUGCACGCGAACAAGUGACUCGACGUGCAUCGAAGCAUCGACCUAGCGCGUAGCCUUCGCUACCGCGGCCGCUCCAACGGUCUACGCGCGCUCUGAUUGGUCGGGGUUUUCGCUUAAUAUCUCCUUAACGAAGCCCCAUCCGACAUUUUUGCAAAGGAAAUUGUUGUUCAGAAUCGUCUCAGCUACCCCCCAUUUCCGGCUCCUCCCCGAGUUUUGGGACACCCUGUAUAUUCAGACCUGUAUCGUCUACUAAAAAUCGGCAUGGACUUUUCCAGACAGCCCAAUAUUUCAUACAGCUUGUUUUAUUCUGUAUCAGAAACCACCUAACAGAUGAACACCGCGCCAUAAACACCGCGAUGCUAGUUAUGCACACUAGCGCAUAGACGUACCCUAUAUUCCGAUAGGAACCCACGAAUGUUCUUCGAUCCCAAGCAAUACAUCUCGCGUUACAGACAGGGGAUGAAGAUCCAGUUACGAAGGCGACAGACCAGUUUCUUAUCAGAAGAGCACAGAAGCUACUGUUCGGUAGAAACGCACAAAUGUUCUCUAAUUCUAAGGAAUAGAUCCCGCAUUACAAAUGGGACGUAUCGAAAGCCAUUACGAUAACGUAACAUUCGUGUGCUAUUAGAAUACGACGUAAUGCAACGUUUCACGUGCAUUUAUGACGUAUACAAAUGUAAAAUAUAUUCACGUUAAACGUAUGCAGUUAUGCGGAACGAAAUAUUAUUAUUAUUAUAAUUUGUGAAAUAUACUCUGCAUACCUUUUGCGUGCGUGUACAAUAUUAGAGUGCAGCGUAAAUGCAUGACAUUCAAUUUAGAAAUGCAAUCUGGACUCUAGUAUCUCUGAACGACCAAAGGACCGAUAGACUUACCGAAUUUAUCUGUUGAAAAGAUCGUAAGGUGAAUUUGUAAAUAUUCAUCCAGGUAAUAAUUGGACCAAGUGGAAGCUUAUCAAGGGUGGGACAGCGGAGUGACAGGGGCACGCGUAUUUAUUAGCGAUUAAUAAAUCUUUGACCAUCGCUUAUUAAUCUCUGGUGGGAAUCGUAAACUAUCAAAGCUAUCGUAAGCUAUCGAAUUUGAUGUAGUCGUUACGUAUCAACACGACAGUCGCGUGCCUCGAUAAAUCCCUAAGGCUAGGCGUGGGAUAUAUCACGUAUGCUCUCAUGUACGCCCAUAGCUUUAACCAUCUCGACUAAACUGUCAUCCGACCGCAAGUCGAAAGUCGAAGCCUCACCAGUUGGCAAUCAUUCCUUUCAAUGUAUCAGUAUCAGUAUCGGAUGAAAUAGAGUAGUGCUUGUAGAAUUUAAAUAAAGCUUUUUCCUUUUUUACUCUCAGUUGGCUUUUAUUAACGAUGUUCCCUAUGUGGUUUCUAUUUCGAUAAAAAGGAAUGCGUUUACAUUUUUCAGCCGCAGGACGCUUCUGUGAUCGGUCCCCACAUUUCUCCGAGUAGAAAAAACGGGAGAAGGCUCUUUCGGCGAACGAAGUAACAGAAAUGUUUAGAAGCCUGAUUUUCCAAAUUAAAAAUCUAUCGAUGUAUUAUUUGAACAAUUUUCACAGCUGACGUUUAUUAUUUAAUUUUUGUUUAGGAGGACGUUAUGCAAUUGUAAGAUGCGUACAGGCAAAUAUUAAAACAAACCGAUAGCAAGUAUACAAUUCGGAACUUAGUUUAUUUAAGGGUUAACCCACUAUCGUCUGCAUACGUACACUUCGCGUUAUCAGUACGUGCUGUGUACGACACAGAGGGUACGAGUACUUACGGGACUGUGUACAGAGUGUUUCAGAAUUAGUGUAAGAACCGGAAAUGGAGCUGAGACGAUUCCGAACCAGGACUUCCUUCGCAAAAAAUUCCGAACGGUGCUUCGUUUUUGAACUAUUAAAGGAACUCCUGGUCUAGGAUCGUCUCAGCUACCCUCCCGUUUCCGGUUCUCACACCAAUUCUAGGACACCCUGUAUAAAUAUUGGCUUGUCCGGAAAGUUCAUGCCGAUUUUUGAUAGCUGGUGCGGGUCUGAAUAUGUCGAAACGACUGAAAACAAAUAAAACAUAUAUGUACAUCCCUUAAAAGGUGGAAAGGUUGCGGAACAAAAUGGUACCUAUGCAAUUCAAUAAAUUCAUAUUACGAUUAAAAUGUGCCUUUGAAAUUUUUUGAAAAAUUGCCACGAACUUUCUGGACGACCUAAUAGAUAUCCAUCUCGCGUGCAUCGCGUGAAAAUCCCCGGCAGCUUUUGAUUGUUCCGUUCCACCCUGGUGUACACGUCUCGGUCCCAUCGCUAGACAGGGCCCAAACAGCUCUGCGUUACGGAGUACCCUCGACUCGCCGUUCUCGUCGUCCUCGACGGAGUGGGGGGAAUCCUGGUGUCGGGAGCGGAGACACGAGGCAUACCCGGAGCGAACGGGGCCCCCGAUUCUUUUUCGCUCAGUCGCACCGUGCACGUGUGUCGCGAGCCGACGACCGAGCAAGCCCCGUCUUCGUCAGCGGUCUCUCGAGUUCUCCUUCUUCCCUUCGCGAAAUAAAAUAGUGUUAGUUUUCAACCUUGCCAACCGCCUCCGCGACCGUUCAUCCGCCGCCCUGCCACGCCGUUCGCGUCCAGUCGACGUCGUUCCGCGCGAACGGACAGGAUGCGUUCACGCGGUCCUUGCUGAGCCGGACGUGCACGCGAAGUUCUGUGCUCGGUGUCUUAGCUACCUAAAGGAAAGAAAUGCACGGGCUGGUGGUGUUAUCGCGACGAUGAUGGGACGAGGAGGAGACCUGCCGCGGCUGUGCACCUUCGCCUGGUUACUCUGGUGUGUCUUGCCUGCUGGGACCGGAGUGCUUCACAACUACGCGGAUAAACAGAGGUACGAUGGCUGGUACAACAAUCUGGCUCAUCCGGAUUGGGGAUCGAUCGACAGCAGGCUGAUACGAAAGAUGCCAGCAGCGUAUUCCGAUGGAGUUUACAUGAUGGCUGGCCAGGAUAGGCCUUCCCCGAGGAAGCUCAGUCAGCUCUUCAUGCAGGGUGAUGACGGUUUGCCAUCGGUCAAGAACAGAACAGCGUUAUUCGCUUUCUUUGGGCAACUGGUCACGUCAGAGAUAAUCAUGGCCAGCGAAAGUGGCUGCCCCAUAGAGUACCAUCGGAUCGACGUAGACAAAUGCGACCCGGUUUUCGACAAGGAGUGCCAAGGUAACAAGUACAUUCCCUUCCGACGAGCCGAUCACGACCGUCGAACCGGACGCAGCCCAAAUAGCCCGCGUGAACAGAUAAACAAAGUAACGAGCUGGAUCGACGGUAGCUUCAUCUAUUCGAGCAGCGAGGCAUGGGCGAACACGAUGAGAUCGUUCAAGAACGGCAGCCUCCUCAUGGAACCCACGAGGAAAUUCCCCGUGAGAAACACCAUGCGCGCUCCUCUCUUCAACCACGCCGUACCCCACGUAAUGAGGAUGCUCAGCCCCGAACGGCUUUAUCUUCUGGGCGAUCCACGAACGAACCAGCAUCCGCCCAUGUUGGCUCUGGGAAUAUUGUUUUAUCGGUGGCACAACGUCGUCGCAUCGCGCAUACAGCGUGAACAUCCCAAUAUGACCGACGAGGACGUCUUCCAAAAAGCACGGCGCAUCGUUGUGGGAACGCUUCAGAAUAUCAUUCUGUACGAGUACAUUCCCUUGCUACUGGACGAAGAUCCACCACCUUACAUGGGCUACAAACCGGAUCUACAUCCAGGGAUCAGUCACAUAUUCCAAAGUGCAGCGUUUCGAUUUGGUCACACCCUAAUCCCACCCGGUAUAUACCGCCGCGACGAGAGUUGCGAGUACAGGAGAACCAACACCGAUCAACCAGCCAUCAGGCUUUGUUCCACGUGGUGGGACUCAAAUGAAGUUUUAACGAACAGCACCAUCGAGGAGCUGAUCAUGGGCCUGACCUCCCAAAUAGCCGAGAAAGAGGACAACCUCCUCGGUACCGACAUCAGGAACAACCUCUUCGGACCCAUGGAGUUCUCUCGCAGAGACUUGGGCGCGUUGAACAUCAUGCGUGGGAGAGACAACGGACUCCCGGACUACAACACCGCCAGGUCCCACUUCAAGCUGUCCCGCAGGAAAACCUGGAACGAAAUCAACCCGGACCUGUUCAACAAGAAUCCUUCUCUGCUGCGCACGCUGGUGGAGAUUCACUCGAACAAUCUGAACAACGUCGACGUCUACGUCGGUGGAAUGCUGGAGUCCAGCGCCGGUCCAGGAGAGCUCUUCACCGCGGUGAUCAAGGAGCAGUUCCUUCGUUUGAGAGACUCUGAUAGAUUUUGGUUCGAGAACGAGGAGAGCGGGAUUUUCACGAGAAACGAAAUCGAAGAGAUCCGUCGCGUCACUCUGUGGGACGUGAUAAUAAACGCGACCGGUAUAUCGUCGGAUGCGAUACAGAAGAACGUGUUCCUCUGGAACGAGGGAGAUCCUUGCCCUCAACCCUAUCAACUGAACUCGACUAUGUUGGAGCCGUGCGUUCCGCUGCAACGUUACGACUACUUCGAGGGAAGCGAGCUGGUGUACAUAUACGCCUGCGUUUUUCUGGGCUUCGUGCCGAUUCUGUGCGCCGGCGCCGGAUACGGGCUGGUGAAGCUGCAAAAUCGACGGAGAAGGAGAUUGAAAAUCCUCCAGGAAGCGAUACAAAAGAGAAACGACGGGAAGAUCUGCGUGGACAAGAUGAUCGUGCGCGAGUGGCUGCACGCGAAUCAUCGUCGUCUGGUCAAGGUGAAAUUCGGACCGGAAGCGGCGCUGCACGUCGUCGAUCGGAAGGGGGAGAAACUUCGCACCUUCGACUUCGGCGAUGUCAACAUCGUUACCAUGGAGGAAUCCCAGGAAAACGAGAACGGGCAUCGCAAGGCCUUGGUACUGCUACGGAUACCGCGGGAUUAUGACCUUGUCCUUGAGCUGGAUUCGCUGGCCUCGCGUAGAAAGUUCAUUGCGAAAUUGGAGUCAUUUCUGGCGUCCCAUAAAAAACACUUCACGCUGGCCCAAGUGGGCAGGGACAUUAUGCUUGCGAAAGCGGAAACCAAAGAACGCCGCCAGAAGAAACUCGAGCAGUUCUUCAGGGAAGCCUACGCCUUGACGUUCGGUCUACGACCUGGCGAGAGGCGACGUCGAUCCGACGACAGUGCCAGCGGGGAAGUCGUCACCGUUAUGAGGACCUCGCUUUCUAAAAGCGAAUUCGCAAGUGCUCUCGGUAUGCGGGCGGAUGCGGUCUUCGUGAAGAAAAUGUUCAACAUCGUGGACAAGGAUAGAGACGGCCGUAUUUCCUUCCAGGAAUUCUUGGACACCGUGUUGUUAUUCUCGCGUGGAAAAACCGAGGACAAGCUGAGGAUCAUUUUCGACAUGUGCGACAAGGACAGCAACGGAGUGAUAGACAAGGAGGAGCUGUCCGAAAUGCUCAGAUCACUGGUGGAAAUCGCGAGGACAACUAGUCUCUCGGACGAUCACGUCACUGAACUGAUAGACGGAAUGUUCCAAGACGCCGGCCUCGAGAGAAAGGAUUACCUCACCUACAACGAUUUUAAGUUGAUGAUGAAAGAGUACAAAGGGGAUUUCGUAGCGAUCGGUCUCGAUUGCAAAGGCGCCAAGCAGAAUUUCCUGGACACGUCGACGAACGUAGCCCGCAUGACGAGUUUCCACAUCGAUCAGCUUCCCUCGGAGGAUUCGAAGAGCUGGGCGCGCAAACAAUGGGACGCCGUGUCGACGUUCCUCGAGGAAAACAGACAAAAUAUAUUUUACCUGUUCGUUUUCUACGUCACGACCAUAGCUCUAUUCGUCGAGAGAUUCAUAUAUUACUCCUUUAUGUCCGAGCACACGGAUCUGAGGCACAUAAUGGGAGUUGGAAUCGCCAUAACCAGGGGAUCGGCGGCCGCCUUGUCUUUCUGUUACAGCUUGCUGCUGUUGACCAUGUCCCGCAAUCUUUUGACCAAGCUGAAGGAGUUCUCCAUUCAGCAGUACAUUCCGUUGGAUUCUCACAUUCAGUUUCACAAGAUCGCUGCCUGUACCGCGCUCUUUUUUUCCGUUCUGCACACGGUGGGGCACAUGGUCAACUUUUAUCACGUUUCGACACAACCCCUAGCCCAUCUUCGCUGCUUGACCAGCGAGCUCAGUUUUCCGAGCGAUGCUCGCCUAACGAUAUCCUUCUGGCUCUUUAGAACCGUGACAGGUUUAACCGGUAUCCUGUUAUUCGUCGUGAUGACGAUAAUCUUCGUCUUCGCUCAUCCAACAAUACGACAAAAGGCUUACAAGUUCUUUUGGUCGACUCACAGUUUGUACGUGGUGUUGUACGCGCUGUGCCUGAUUCAUGGUUUGGCACGUUUAACGGGCUCGCCGCGAUUCUGGAUUUUCUUUGUCGGUCCGGCGCUCAUUUACUCUCUCGAUAAGGUAGUGAGCCUACGAACCAAGUUCAUGGCAUUGGACAUCAUCGAGACGGAACUGUUGCCGUCGGACGUGAUAAAGAUCAAGUUUUACAGACCGCCGAAUUUAAAGUAUCUGUCCGGGCAGUGGGUCCGUCUCUCGUGCACCGCCUUCAGAUCGAACGAAUUCCAUUCGUUCACCUUGACCUCGGCGCCGCACGAGAACUUCCUCUCGUGCCAUAUUAAGGCUCAGGGCCCGUGGACGUGGAAGUUGCGAAACUACUUCGACCCGUGCAAUUACAAUCCGGAUGUCGAGCAUCCAAAAAUCAGAAUAGAAGGUCCAUUCGGUGGCGGCAAUCAGGACUGGUAUAAGUUCGAGGUCGCUGUGAUGGUCGGUGGCGGUAUCGGCGUCACUCCCUACGCUUCCAUGCUGAACGAUCUCGUUUUCGGCACCUCCACCAACAGAUAUUCAGGUGUCGCGUGCAAAAAGGUCUAUUUUCUGUGGAUAUGCCCCUCGCACAAGCACUUCGAAUGGUUCAUCGAUGUUCUCAGGGACGUGGAAAGGAAGGACGUCACGGACGUUUUAGAAAUUCAUAUAUUUAUUACCCAAUUCUUUCAUAAAUUCGAUUUACGCACUACUAUGCUGUACAUUUGCGAGAACCAUUUCCAGAGGCUAUCGAAGAAGAGCAUAUUCACCGGGCUAAAAGCAAUAAAUCACUUCGGCAGGCCCGAUAUGACUUCGUUCUUAAAGUUUGUCCAGAAGAAACACAGCUACGUAAGUUGUGUUAAAGAAACGAAUAGAAAUUAUAGUCAAUGUCGGUCGACGGCGAGACUUAAUUACCCCAACUAUUAUAACGUCAGUAAAAUAGGAGUAUUUAGCUGCGGUCCGCGACCACUGACGAAGAGCGUGAUGUCGUCCUGCGACGAGGUGAACAAGGGCCGUCGUCUGCCGUAUUUUAUUCAUCAUUUCGAGAACUUUGGCUAGUCCGCUCGAUGUUAGCA